AUGUCUAGGGGCCAUCAACGAAGGAAGCGUCGAAAACAACAGCCUCAGCCCAGUAACAGCGCUGCGCCUGACGAUGACACCGCCGAUUAUGUUCAUACUAUGCUCGGCAAUCGUUUCGUGCUCACUCUAGCGAAUCACGCCAGAUCUUCGUACGAAGACAAAAACCAGGCUGUCGCUGUCGAGGACCCUAACCCAAUGCUUGGGAACCAUCGUGUACGAGCACCCAAAAAUGCUACAUACACUUCCACAAGCACGAAUUCCAUUAGCACUACGACCAAUAUGCUAGACAAUCGCAGUGGUGGCCUACAGAAUCAUCGUAGAAAGCAAUCACAGCAACCUUCGAUUGGUCACUCGCCUGCACUUGGGCACCCCAGCACGACCGGAAAUGAUUGUACCAUGAAAGCCAUUGUGGCUCGGAAUGCAGGCCCGAAUUGGACGAAUAUCAAAAACCCCAUCCCCUUAUCGGAGUUUAAGCAGGUGCAGCCUAGCUCCAUGAUAUGGGAGGUCACGGCUGAGAAGACAACGAAUUCAAGCGCUCAUGCUACCCAUAAAGACUAUCUUCCCACACCCGAUGGUCUUUAUUGUUUGAAAACUGCGCCUUUUGUUGUGGCAGAUCAUCUAAGGGUGAUGUAUCACGAUUUUCAAAACAACAAGAACAAGCAUGGUCUUCCAGUCGUUUACGCAGCUUGGUGUAGAGAUUCUCAAGCAGGUGAUAGGGUCUCCUCGAUCAACCUCAAUGACAUUCGAACAAUCAAGGCUACCCAGGGCGUAUCGAUAUUCGGCCAGCUUGACCAAGAAUCAACUCGAACAUUUAUCAACAAUCGCAUUGGCAAUGCCCUGAACAAACAGGUACGCACUCUUUUAACGACAUAUCAGGGGCCGCCGACAGAUCACCUUGAUGAUAUACGCCACGUAGUCGGAUCGACCAUCGCAAAGGCUACAUCUCCGUUCGAAUCAUCGGCUACUGUAGCCCCUCUGAGUGGUUACGGAAUAGCAAGUCCUGUUAUAACCUCUGCAGGCAUCCACGAGAACCGAGCAAACAGGAGGAGUACCGGCCCGUCAGCCGGCCAGAUCACACUUGGUCAUGAAGCCUCAGCGCAAACACUCCAGGAUCAUAUAGCUUAUGGGACCUACCCAUCGCAAGGACCCGACGCUAUCGAGACGAUCGAAGCAAGUAUCCCAUUGGUUUCGAAAAAGCCAAAAGAUGGCACGUUGCCACCCCCGAGACCCAUUUCCCGGGCAUCCAAGAUGAUUCCAGAGGCUGAGAGCAUUUCACGUAAGAACGUAGAAGAGGCCGAAGAAUGGACACUGCUAGAUAUCGAAGAUGAUGAUACCCCAGUGCGUUCCACUAUAGAGUAUACGGCGUUGUCGCUUGGGGCUACCGCCAUGGAUGAACUGCGUCUAUCUCACAAGAACACAUAUAUAAAGACUGCAAUGACUGAGUUCGACUUGUUCGAAGCCAGGAAAAUUUACAACACCUAUAAGAGCACGUUGGCGGGGAACAUCUUACAUGAAGCUGAUAGGGCGCACUCAAUCCAGCGCACCGAAUUGGAUGAGCUGCGACAGAGCCUCAUUAGAGUCGAAGAGACGUAA